AUGAACCAGGCCGGUCUGCCGCAGGGGCCGUCUGACCAGAAGGUUGUCGUGGUGACGCUGGACAACUGUGACUCCGCCUUGGCCUUAAGAUACGGUCAUGUGAUCGGCAACUACACCUGCUCCGCUCAGGCCAGCCAAUCAGGAUCCAAGAAAUCUCUGGACCUGACGGGCCCUCUGCUCCUCGGAGGCGUUCCCAAGCUCCCAGAAGACUUCCCCGUCCGGAACCGGCAGUUUGUGGGCUGCAUGAAGAACCUCCGUGUCGACAAUCAGCACGUGGACAUGGCCAGCUUCAUCGCCAACAACGGCACGCUCCCAGGAUGCUCAGCCAAAAGACAUUUCUGCAACAACAGCCCGUGUCAAAACGGCGGCACCUGUGUGAACCUGUGGGGGUCCUUCAGCUGCGACUGUCCGCUCGGGUUUGGGGGACAGCACUGCGAGAGAGUGAUGGCGAGUCCACAGAGGUUUUUGGGGAAUAGUUUGUUGCAGUGGAACAACAUCGCAGCCUCCUCGACAUCGUGGCACGUCGAGCUGAUGCUACGAACCCGUCAAGCCGGUGCCACUGUUCUGCACAUCUCGUCCGGGCAGCAGCACAACCUCACACUACAGCUGCGUGGAGGGAGCGUGUUGAUGGCGUUGCACAGAGGCGAGGACUCCACCGUGUCUCGAGUGGAGGAGGUGCUGGUGAACGAUGGAGAGUGGCAUCAUCUGCAGCUGGACAUAAGCAGCUUGGGAGGAGCAGCGGAUCUACACAAAGCUGUUUUGUCUGUGGAUUUGGGGCUCUACCUGGCCAGUAUGGAGGUGGACGGGAGGCUGCGAGACUCCAAACUGAAGGCCGUGAGCGUUGGUGGUCUCCCAAUGCCUGAUGGGAAAAUUCAGCAAGGCUUCCGUGGUUGUAUACAGGGUUUACGUGUGGGUGGUGCUCUGAGUCUGUCUCAGGCCAGAAAGGUCAACGUGGAACAAGGCUGCCGCGUCCCGGACCCCUGCUCCUCAAACCCCUGCCCCAAGAACGGCUACUGCAGCAACGACUGGGACAGCUUCUCCUGCACCUGCCUCCCCGGAUACUUUGGCUCAAACUGCACUGACGCCUGCAGCCUCAGUCCCUGUGAACACAAAUCCGUGUGCAUCAGGAAACCCAGCACCCCUCGAGGUUACACCUGCGACUGUCCCAGCAAUUACUUUGGAAAUUACUGCGAGAAAAAGACGGACCUGCCCUGUCCCCGAGGCUGGUGGGGCCAUAAGACCUGCGGCCCCUGUAACUGUGACACCAGCAAAGGCUUCGACUCGGACUGUAACAAGACCAGCGGAGAGUGUCGCUGCAAAGACAACCACUAUCGCCCUGACAGCAGUGCGAUGUGCCUCUUGUGUGACUGUUACCCCGUGGGUUCUUUCUCGCGGGCGUGUGACCGGGACUCGGGCCAGUGCCAGUGCAAACCCGGAGUCAUCGGGCGCCAGUGUGACCGCUGUGACAACCCCUUCGCCGAGGUGUCGCCCAAUGGCUGCGAAGUCAUCUAUGACAGCUGCCCUCAGGCCAUUGAGGAAGGAAUCUGGUGGCCCAGGACAAAGUUCGGUCUCCCAGCAGCGGUGCACUGCCCCAAGGGAACUCUGGGAACUGCUAUUCGCCACUGUGACGAGCACAAGGGAUGGCUGCCUCCCAAUCUGUUCAACUGCACCAGUGUGACAUUCAGCAAGCUGGAAGCACUGACGGAGAAGUUUCUCCGUAACGCCUCCCUGUUGGAUUCGAGCAGCGUGCAGCAGACCGCCGCUCUGCUCGCCAACGCCACUCUUCACACAGAGAAGUACUUUGGCAGUGACGUGAAAGUGGCCUUCCACCUCACCCAGAGCCUGCUGCAGCAUGAGAGCCUCCAGCAGGGAUUCAACCUCACUGCCACACAGGACGUGCACUUCACUGAGAACGUGGUGCGUGUUGGCAGUGCCAUCCUGUCCCCAGAGACGCGGCCGCACUGGGCUCUGAUCCAGCGCGCCGACAGAGGCACCGCGGCGCUGCUGCGACACUUUGAAGAAUACGCAAACACUCUGGCACAGAACAUGAGGAAGACCUACCUCAGCCCCUUCACCAUCGUCACUCCACAUAUAGUCAUCUCCGUGGAUCGCCUUAAGAAGACUAACUUUGGUGGGGCCAAACUGCCGCGGUACCAGUCCCUCAGAGGUCCUCGCCCUGUGGAUAUGGAGACAGCUGUGACGCUGCCUGACUCUGUGUUUGAGCCUCCUCCUGUGGACACCAGAGGACACCGACACAUGGAUGUUUUCCCAGAACCCUUCCCUAAAAACCGUUCCGUGAACCGCCACCGGAGACAUCCCAGCGAGGAGCAGCAGGACGCCGUGGCCAGCGUCAUCAUCUUCCACAGUCUGGCUCCACUGCUGCCUGAAAACUACGACCCAGACAAAAGAAGUCUCAGAGUCCCAAAGCGUCCAGUCAUCAACACUCCAGUGGUCAGUAUCACGGUCCACGACAACGACGAGCUCCUGCAGCACACUCUGGACAAACCCAUCACGGUGCAGUUCCGCCUGGUGACCACCGAGGAGCGCUCUAAGCCCAUCUGUGUCUUCUGGAACCACUCCAUACUUGGUGGGAACGGUGGCUGGUCGGCAAAGGGCUGCGAGGUGGUCUUCAGGAACAGCUCCCACAUCAGCUGUCAGUGUUACCACAUGACCAGCUUCGCAGUCCUCAUGGAUGUUUCCCGGAGAGAGAACGGAGAGAUCCUGCCGGUCAAGCUGCUGACGUGGAGUACAGUGGGAGUGACGGUCGGCUUCCUCCUCCUCACCUCCAUCUUCCUCCUGAGUCUGAGGGCCAUGCAGAGCAACAAGACCAGCAUCAUCCACAACGGCACCAUCGCACUCCUCCUCUCAGAACUCAUCUUCAUCCUGGGCAUCAAUCAGGCCGACAACCCGUUCUUUUGCACCAUCAUCGCAAUCCUGCUGCACUUCUUCUACCUCUGCUCCUUCUCGUGGCUCUUCCUGGAGGGGCUUCACGUCUACCGCAUGAUCAGCGAAGUCCGAGACAUCAACUACGGCCCCAUGAGGUUCUACUACCUGAUCGGCUGGGGCGUCCCUGCCUUCAUCACAGGUUUGGCUGUGGGACUGGACCCUGAAGGCUACGGGAACCCGGACUACUGCUGGCUGUCCAUGUAUGAUACUUUGAUUUGGAGUUUCGCUGGACCGAUCGCAAUGGCCGUGUCGAUGAAUAUCUUUCUUUGCAUUUUAUCCUCAAAAGCAUCGUGCUCUCACAAACACCACAGCAUCGAGAAGAAAGAGCCCAGAGUAGCCGGCCUGAAGACAGCUGGUGGGGUGCUCUUCCUGGUCCUGGUCACAUGUUUUCUGGCGCUGCUGUCCGUCAACAGCGACAUCAUCAUUUUCCACUACCUUUUUGCCGGAUUCAACUGUUUGCAGGGCCCAUUCAUCUUCUUCUUCCGGAUUGUGUUGAAUAAAGAAGCCAGGACUGCGAUGAAAUACUGCUGCAGCCGCAAGCGUCCGGAUCACAUGAUGAAGUCUAAAGCUGCUAUUUACAAAUGCAACUCAAACUACAAGGACGGAAAGUUGUAUCACCUUCCGUUCGCAGACUCCAGUGUUUCUCUGAACGGCACCAUGCAGAGCGGGAAGAGCCAACAGAGCUACGUGCCGUUUGUGCUCAGGGAGGAUGGUUUAAACAGCAGCCAGGCCCAUAUCGCUCUGAACGACCACAUGGCACAUUUUCCCGAGCGCAAAGACCCUGAUGACCGGGACAGUGACUCGGACAGUGACUUGUCUCUGGAGGAUGAUCGCAGCGAGUCCUACGCCUCCACGCACUCCUCCGACAGCGAGGACGAAGAGGGGCCCCUGCCUCCUGAGGAAUGCUGGGAAAAUUUGGCCUCUAACGGAGUCAAAAGACCCCCGGGACAAGAUAAUGGUGUGACGAAAACAUACUGGCCCGACUAUCCAGGCUCCGGCAGCGACAGUGAACUCAAAGAUCCAAAUCUCCGGCCAAUCCCAGAGGCGCGCUCAGCCGAGUCCACCGCAGUGCAGAUACCGGGACUGUGCCACCUGAACACACACCCUCACAAAGGUAUCCUCAAAAAGAAGCAGCUGUCUCCGAUCGUGGAGCGAAAUGGAGGAAAUCGCAUCAGCAGUGACCUGGUGGAAACCGGAGCCUCAUCUCCGGGCUCGUCGUCCAGUGAGGACCGUCCCGGUCCUAAACCCGGCCUCCAGGAGCAGCUGAACGGGGUGGUGCUGAGCAUAAAGGCCGGGACUGUGGACGGAGACUCUUCAGGAUCAGAGUCAUAG